UCUAAGAUGGAGUAUAGCGACAGCAAUGGCGUCUAGUACUACUAUUUCACGGGAAAAUGCUGUUGACGUUAGAAAGCACUUGUCAUACAUGAUGUAUGGAUGAUGUUGCAGUUAUUACCGAGAGAAAAAAUUACUUUUUUCGUUUGAAGCAAGUAUAUAUUAUGACACUCCAUAGUCAACAUCAGAUUAAUAUUACCUGACUUGGCAAAGGUUUUUGGCCUUCCGGAAACUUAAUCAGUAGUAUGCUUCACAAAAAUUAGCCCAAAUACGUUGUAAUUUAUCCAAUUUCAACCCAUACAGUCCACUUUAUGCCAUUGAAAUAUCUAGAGGAACUUGAUAGAAUGUCCUGAGAUUUCGAGAGAGAUAGAUGGUUGCGUAGUAUUGUGGGAUACUUGUAACUGUACGUCAAACAGAAUUUCCAGUUUCCAGUUGUGCCCUUAGUUCAGAGAAUAGCAAAAGUCAUGUUGAUGAUGAUGAAGACGAGGAUGAUGAUCUUUUAAAUGUCAAUGGUAUCCAGCAGUUGGACUCUUCUUCAGCAACAGAAAUAGAAUGUGAUGUUACUGGAGAGGGCAGGAGGAAGAGACAAUUACCUGGACCAAGUGAUGAAAAUGAAGUAGAAGAAGAAGAGGAAGAUGACUGUGAUGAUAAAGAUGAAAUCUCGUCUACUGUUAGCAAUCUUUCAAACUUGAGUGGACUUUCUGAUUUAAGUGGACAAGAGUGGAAACCAAUAGCAGGUACGAUGAGCUGGGUUCAGAAGCAGAUGCUUACUGGAGUGAAUCCACGUUGUAUUCUUAACCAGAUAGUAGGUGACGGAGUUCCUGUAUCAGAGCAAAUGGAUGAUUUGAGCCUUUGGAAGAUUAUAGUUAAUUUUCUCAGUGAAAUACCGAGGAGACAAAAAUUACGCCAUAUAAAUACUUUAACAGAUGUCGUUCGCUUGUUGAGGGGUGCCAGGAAAGUCAUUAUUCUUACUGGAGCAGGGGUUUCUGUAUCAUGUGGAAUCCCAGAUUUUAGAAGUCGUGAUGGUAUUUAUGCAAGACUUUCAGUUGACUUUCCUGACCUGCCAGAUCCCCAGGCAAUGUUUGACAUAGCAUAUUUCAGUCAAGACCCUCGCCCCUUUUACAAAUUUGCUCGUGAAAUAUAUCCAGGACAGUUCAAACCUUCUCCAUGUCACAGGUUCAUUAAAAUGCUAGAAAAACACAAUAAACUGCUUCGAAAUUAUUCGCAGAACAUAGAUACUUUGGAGCAGGUAGCUGGUAUUCAUAAUGUCAUAGAAUGUCAUGGAUCCUUUGCCACAGCAUCUUGUACUCGCUGCAAAUAUAAAGUGACAGCUGACGCUAUACGAGAAGAUGUAUUUGCUCAGAGAAUACCACUGUGCCCAAAAUGUUCGACUGAUGCGUUGCCAUCUUUGAUCGAUUCUGCUAAUGGAGAACAUUAUAAAAGUUUGGUAUCUCAGGGUAUAAUGAAACCAGACAUUGUUUUCUUUGGAGAAGGUUUACCGGAGAUAUUCCAUGAAUCAAUGGCUAAAGACAAAGAUGAGUGUGACUUGCUAAUUGUCAUUGGAUCAUCCUUGAAAGUGCGGCCUGUAGCACUUAUACCAAGUUCUAUACCACCACAUGUUCCCCAGAUUCUGAUUAAUCGAGAACCACUACCGAACUUCAACUUUGAUGUUCAGCUGCUAGGGGACAGUGAUGUGAUUAUCAGUCAGAUAUGUUAUAUGCUCGGCGGAGAUUGGCUCGAAGUGUGUAGUACCCCUAAACCUCUUACAGAAGCAAAGCAUCUUCUGACACGUGAGAAGUCUUGGAGGACAAAUUUUGAUGACACGUGGGAAGAGAGGAGCAGUGACCAGUGUCCUACAGAUUACAGCCUCGACAGUGCCAAAGUUCAUCUUUCUGGUCACAGCAGCCGAGACAGACUAAACUCAAAAACUGUCACUCGGGCCACGUCUUCAGUAAGCAGUCUCACUGUCAAUCCAGCAUCGAGCAGUGACAGUGGCCAGUAUGCGGAAACAUCUGAAACUGAGUCUUUGCAUAUGGUUGUAGACAGCAGUUUAGCAGUGACAGCUGAUAGCACAAAAUGUGUGGUCCAUAAGGAACGACAUAUGUCUAUUGACUCUUCAACAAGAGACAGUGGAGUGUGCUUAUCUGUGGACAGUCCUGUAGAUAACCUGGUAGCAGAUUCGUCCAGAGAUGUCAAUGCCCAAGUUCUUGUAACAGACAGUCGUGAGAGACCUGCUGAAAAUAUAGGCAUUAAUAACAGUUGCGGGCGUAGUUUACAUGCUCCGAGAAUGUGUAACGAGCCUUCACUGUCACCCGACAGCACAUCACUGAACAGUAGCCAGAACACAAUUCUUGUCGAUCCUUCAAGAUUCUGUACUGAAGCUGCCGAUUCUUCCGCACAGGUGGAGUGUAGCAGUGGCGGAAGGAGCAGUAGCAUUAGUUGUCGUCACAUGUCAGUCGACUCGACCAGGGACAGUGGCAUAGGGGACGGUUGCAGCAGCAUUGCAAGUGGUGUUAUGAAUAAGGAAAGACAUAUGUCUUUAGACUCUUGUGAUGAACAUCAGAAAUCGGAAGACAAUUUAGACAUGCUGCGAUCGUGCUGGGAGCCGAAGAUCAGAGAGAGCUUGGCUACAAGGUUACCAGAUAAUUCUUACUAUUUUGUACAUCCCAACCGAUACAUUUUUCCGGGCGCCGAGGUGCUCUAUGACCCAGACGACACCCAGCGGUCGUCGUGCAGCAGCAGUGGAAGCAGCACGAGCUCGAGCGAUUCUGAAGGUUGCCUGUCGGAAGAAAGUGACAAUGACGAGGGUGAGGUGGACGACUGGGAGCACCUCUCGGUGUCUAAUGAUAAUCCUACCAAUGGUCGGUGUCCUUGAUGUAAAUUGGGGAACUGUAGUAAUCAUUAUUGUGGGACAUGGUGCAUUGUUAAUUCUUACUGCAAAAAUUGGUAAUCUGUAGUUAAAGGUGUGGCUAACUUAUACCUGGCAGUUUUAAAUAUGCAAAAUCGCAUAACCCAGAUUCUUUACAUAAACAAACAUUGCUUGAAUGUAAAGAACUGAAAACAAAUUACAAGUUUUUCAUUUAUCUGGAACUGCUAUAUAUUACCAUCAAAUACAGCUUUGGAUUUUGAAAUGUAAGUGUGACCUGUGUUCUAAUAUAUGUGAAUAAUAAUAUAUUGUAAAAAAUUAUUUAUUAUUGUUCAGGGUAGUUACAUGUUACUUGUUAUUUCAGUAUUUUGUAGAUACAUAUGUAGCAUAUUGGAGAUAUUUACUAUUUAGAACAACAACCUGUUAUUGGUAAAAUUAAGUCCCUCUUCUGCCAGGUGUAAUAUUUUUCAUUUAACUCAGAAAAAUUUUGUUCUGCAUAUUAAAGAUUCAUCUUAUAAUACCUACAUAUUACAAGAUCAUCUUAUAAAAUAAUGUGGCUCAUUGAAAAAAGUUCAAAUAUUUUUGUAAAUGGUUGCUGCUAUUAAUGAUUGGCAUUCCUUUAAUGGAAAAAAUUAUUUUGAAGAGAGAAUUGUGUAUAAUCAUAUUUUGCAAUGUCGGUCAGGCACUGCUUCACUAUUAAAUCAGCAAAUCUUUUUCAUGACUUAGGUGUGGGUUUUUUUUCAUCACCUGCAGCAAUUUUUUGUUUUCCAAAAAUAUUGCUUCAUUAUUGAACACUGACAUUGUAGAAGAGAUUUGAAAUUAAUUUAAAGAAAACAUUAUGCAAACUAGUUUGACACUCACUGUAAACUCUAAUUCAUGUUAAGGAAGCAGAUUAUUUGUUGCAGAUUUCCUCUAAUCGAGGAUGAUGGGUAUAUAGCAAAACCCUUCCUACACAAAGUAAUUAAUUUAUUUAUUUUGACUUUUGCUUGUGUUGACGUGACUGUUACUGAGUUAUAGCAGUUUAAUAGAAAACAAUUAUCCUCUUCACUGUGGAAACCAGAGAAGUUUUAGUUUCCACUGACACACUAACAGUUGAUUUAACAGAAAUUGAGCCACACAGGGAUGAGUACCAGAUCCUGUGUUAGAUGUUAAAAUGUAAAUAAACUUACAGUGUAAUUAUUAGAUGUCUAAAUUGGACAUGUUAUGUGAUAGUACUUUAGGGAUUAAUGAUUCCAUAUUUUUGAAAGCAAAAUAUGUGAAUACAUGUUGAAACACAACAUUAAGAGUCUCUCUCUCUCUCUCUCUCUCUCUCUCUCUCUCUCUCUCUCUCUCUCUCUCUCUCUCUCUCUCUCUCUCUGUGUGUGUGUGUGUGUGUGUGUGUGUGUGUGUGUGUGUGUGUGUUUUGGGGGAGGGAAGGGGGGUAGAGAGAGAGAGAGAAUAUUCCUGUAUGGGUGUUUUGUAAAUAGAGACAGAUUGUGUUUCAAUACUGUUUGUAAAAAACUGUAAAUGAAAUCACUUUCAUACUAGGUGUAUCAUCAGUGUGUACUUUAAUAAGCUGCUAAUUUUAAUUAAUGAUCUCAUAAAUUUAUAAUUGUAAUUUUAAAAUAUAGGUAUUAUAUUUAAUGCCACAUCCAAUAUUUUAAUGCAGGCUUGAUGAAAAAAGUAGAAUAAUUCAGUGUAUAUAAUUUGCUUUUGAUCCUAUAGGCUUAACAGCUAUGAAAGAUAUAUCGUCAUAUUUUUCUACAAACUGAAAUAAUUUCAGGUAUUAUGUUUGUAUAAAAUUAGCAAUGUAAAUGCAUGACAUGGAAGAAAAGGGAGAAACGAAUGCAGUAAGAACUUCAUUAUUUGCAUUUCUUUAUCUGUCAAAUGGCGUAUAAUACUAUACAAGUGUAUAGUUUUGUAUACUCAUUUAGUAUCUGCAACAUCUGUUGCAGAAGAAUAAGUUCUAAAAUCUUUAUGAAGUUUGUUGCACUGUAAAGGAAGAAUCUCUCAUAUAUGACAGCAGGCAUCUGUAUAAAUAAAUUUAAGUAUGCAGGUAUGCUAUGGCCUUAACUGUCAGAUACACAAUACAACCAUUUAUCUAUUUUAUAUCACUUGUUGUGUAUAUAGUUUUGAUAAUGAUGAUUAUUUAUGUUUUUGUUAGAUACCACAAUGUACAGUGUUAAUGUAAUCUGUGCACAUGUCUCAAUUUUGCUCGUGUGAAGGCCAUAGAACAUAAAAUUGUUAAGACUUCAAUUUUCUUAGCUCUGCUAUUGGGUAUAUUUGUAGGAUUACAAUAGUAUUGUGGUUCCGUUAUACACUGUAACGAAAGUUUCUACCAUCAUUCCAUUGUACACUUUAAAAAAAUUGGCUUUUGUGUAACUACGGUUUUAAUUUUUGUAUGAAUAGAUUGUGACUUGAUGUUGCUAAAGGAUAAAUAGAGGAAGUGUCAAUUUGUGUGAUGUGUGAACUUACUUUCACCUCCUAUUAACAAUGUGAGUGACAAAAUAUUCUAGGAAAGAAACUGUUACCAACUGCUGGGCACUUUCUGAGGCAAUUGCUGUUGAAUGCAUGUGACAGUUUUAUAAACAUAUUUCUUGUUGAUUAGCAGCUGCUGUUAUAAUUCAUUGCGUUAUACACGUCUGCUGUACCUUGUUUGUUCAUCUGUCAUCGAGUAAUUGAUGUGGGUGGAAACCAAUAUGGGAUAUGAUAGUUUCUGAGAGCAAUAAGUAGAGUGGUACCUCAUUUCUUUACAUCUCUAAUGUUGUCUCUUGUCUGUUUUAUAAUGAAAAUGUCUCCUGUCAUUGUAGCAAAAAACUAUUAAUUUAAUAUUGUCUGUUUUGUGUACAUAGAAAGUUUCAUGUAUACUGACUUUCUUAAAAAUAUGUUUACCUUUUGCAUUCUCUUCCCUACAUUGUUUACCCCUCUGUGUUUAAAAUACACUUUUUUUUUACAAGCAGUCUGUAGUUUUGUGUAUGAGCUAUAUUUUCCCUUUGUCAUUCCCCUGAAUGAUAUUAGCCAGUACUUUUAUUCUGUAUUCCAAUUUUAGAAAAGGCUACUGCCUUUAAAACAUAAACCAAAAGUUACACAAGCCUGUGUUUCUAAAUUUUUUUCGGAUUACAUUUAAGAAAUGAACUAUCAUGUCAGGGUUUUUCACAAAAUAAGAUCUCAUAAUUAAUUGUAUUGUCAGAUUUAAGUCUUCAUUAUUUUGCAAAUUUGAGGUAGUGACGGCAGUUACGACUGAAACAACUAUUAAUUCCAAUAAUAACUGUAUGCAUCAAAGAUUGAAAAAUUCUAAGACUUUUGUAUUAUAUGUUUCCAGAUACCUAGAUCAAAAUAUCAAAUAAAACAGGGAAGCAAAAGGAAACAGUACAUAUACUCUCUUGUUUUUCUCAAAAAGCAAUAAGGGUUGAACUUGAUAAAGUCAUCAGUAUUUUGCUAUUGAGUCUAACCUUUUAAAACUCAUCACAAAAUCAUGUUGUAAUAGAAGGUCAUACAACUAUUUGGGCAUUAUGAAUAGUCAGUGUUGAAGGAUGAAAACAGAGAUUGGAGAACUCUGUUUUUCAUGUUAUGUUGUUGUUUACAAGAGCUACAAAAGUUGAUAAAGGUGUAGUAUGUAGACACAGCCAGCAGAUCUGCUACUGAUUAUUUUUAUAAUAAACAAUUAAUGAAUUGUUUAGUUUUUAAUUUCCUUUUUUUUCUAUUAUUUCAUAGAAGUGGCUGACAGAUAUUAAAUUUUUCUAUAAAGUU